AUGAAUUUUAUACUAAACGAAUCCUGUUUUCCAGAAAAGCGGUACAGUCUGCGGAGCUCAGAGUCAGGUCUUCUGGUCAGCUGUUUUGACAUCGGUAGUCUCCUCGUUGUGGUGUUCAUCAGCUACUUCGGUGGGCGGGGCCAGAGGCCUCGGUGGUUGGCUGUAGGAGGCGUGUUCAUUGCUGUGGGUGCCGCCCUCUUCUCCCUACCUCACUUCAUCUCUCCGCCAUAUCAGCUGGAGGAGCUGAACAGCACAGUAGGAGGAGAGGGGCUCUGUGCUGGCGGGAGUGGCAGCAGGCAGGAGAGGCCAGCACUGUCCAGGUGCCAGCGGGACCGGGAGGAGAGUGAGCAUGCCCUGUACGUGGCGCUGUUCAUCUGCGCUCAGAUCCUCGUGGGAAUGGGAUCGACUCCCAUAUACACCCUUGGACCAACUUACCUGGAUGACAAUGUGAAGAAAGAGAACGCAUCCCUGUACCUGGCUAUCAUGUAUGUAAUGGGAGCUCUUGGACCAGCCGCUGGGUAUCUGCUGGGUGGGAUUCUGAUCGGAUUCUAUGUCGACCCCGGUACCAUUGUCAAUAUUGAUCAGAGUGACCCACGGUUUGUGGGAAACUGGUGGAGUGGGUUUCUUCUGUGUGCUGUGGCAAUGUUGUUGGUAAUCUUCCCCAUGUUUUCCUUCCCUAAAAAACUUCCUCCACGGCACAAGAAAAGUAAAAGACGUGUAAAAAAGGGCGCAGGUGAUGUCUCCAGCGAUGACGAAAUUAUGAAGGAAAAGAGCCAGGCUGUCUCGUCCUCUAUGGGUUUUGGCAAAAAUAUCAACGAUCUGCCAAAAGCAGCAGUGCGUAUAUUGAGUAAUGUGACGUUUUUAUUUGUGAGUUUGUCGUAUACGGCGGAAUGUGCCAUCGUCACAGCCUUCAUCACUUUCAUUCCCAAAUUUAUUGAAUCUCAAUUUGGUGUUCCAGCAUCUAAUGCCAGUAUAUACACAGGUCUGAUCAUCGUACCCAGUGCAGGUGUCGGUAUAGUUUUAGGUGGGUACAUCAUUAAGAAGCUGAAGCUUGGUGCAAGAGAAGCAGCAAAGCUGGCCAUGAUCUGCAGUGGCGUGUCUUUGCUCUGCUUUUCCACUCUCUUCAUUGUCGGCUGCGAGAGCAUCAACCUCGGUGGAAUCAAUAUCCCUUACACCACCGGGCCGACGCUGACUCUGUCUCACCGAAACCUGACGGGAAGCUGUAACGUCAACUGUGGCUGCAGGAUUCAUGAGUAUGCGCCUGUCUGUGGCUCUGAUGGCAUCACCUACUUUAACCCAUGUCUGGCUGGCUGCAGCAACAUCGCCAACCAAACCUCAGGAAUCAGAAACUAUUCGGACUGCGCAUGCGUUCAGAGCAGACAGGUGAUCACGCCGUCGGGAGGAAACCAUGAUCUGCAGGUGGUGAUUGUGAAGACGUACCUAAACGAGAACGGUUAUGCACUGGUAGGAAAGUGUGAGCACACAUGUGGAACGCUCAUCACCUUCCUCAUCUUUCUCUUCAUCGUCACUCUCAUAACCGCCUGCGCUCAGCCGUCCAUCAUCAUCGUUACGCUCAGGUCAGUGGAGGAAGAGGACAGGCCGUUUGCUCUGGGAAUGCAGUUUGUUCUUCUCAGGACUCUUGCCUACAUCCCCACUCCUAUCUAUUUUGGAGCUGUGAUUGACACCACCUGUAUGCUGUGGCAGCAGGAUUGUGGUUUCCAUGGGUCCUGCUGGGAGUACGAUGUCACUUCCCUCCGCUUUGUUUACUUUGGGCUGGCGGCGAGCUUGAAGUUCCUGGGCUUCCUGUUCAUCUUUCUCACCUGGUAUUCGCUGAAGCGGCGCGAGGAGCAGACGCACACACACACGCACGCACACACGCUUUCCCCGCUGGACACGGUAAGCCACCUCAUCUGUCACGCAGGAGGUCACAAAGGCCAUGCCCGCACACGCUCCUGUCCUGUCUUCCUGCCACGCCUGCCAGAACACUCCCACGCUGCAAUGCCAACUGGACACGCCCUUAGCCGUGGUAACAGCUGCCCUGGCAAUGGCCUGAAAGCAAUAACUCCGCCCAUACGGUCACUUGAAAAAGUGGCGGUGUGAGGACUGGAGCCAUACACACACACACGCACACACAUACUUGCUCAUACACAUGCAUGAAACAUCAUAUGAUUAUGACGGCCGAUUAUGUAAAUGGUAACAUACCACACCGCUUAUAGCCAUUGCUGGUGCCUUUUUUUUAAACACACACACACACACAGACACACUUAAAAGACACAUUAUCACAGGAUUUUUGUGAAGCACUGAUUGGUAAUAAAACUUUUUUGACAAUACCUCAGCAGGAUGAAUACCUCUGUUCAUCAUCACAUACAAAUACAAACAUACUCAAACACAUAUAGUCAUCUCAUCUAGUUACCUAUAGUGUUAGUUGUGCACAUACUCUCUUGCUUCUCCUGUACAGCAGACAGAUACAUGUACUUGUUUACCUCAUUUAUUCAUCCAUUUUUCAACAG